CUCGCCACGUGACAAGGGCCGUCAGGGAACGGAAGUGAGGUAGUUCCAGUCGCGUCUCGCUGUGCUUGGUGUUUAUAUAGAAAAAGACAAAUCAGUUUAUUUUGUGACCAGCAUCUAUUUUGGGAUUCAGUCGCACCUUCUCUGCUGGCUCUGUCCGGCCAGAAAAUAAUGUCCCGGCGCUGAAGAUGGGUGGCAGCGGCUCCAAAUCGCGUGGGUUCUGGCCUUUUGCUGGCUCCGGUAUCGGUUCGGAUCCAGCCAACGGUGGCAAUGAACAGACACUGUCCAGGCUUCGGGGCAGCAGGUCUUGCACUCCCUUCGUGUUUACUAGAAGGAGCUCCCUGUAUUACGAUGAGGACGGAGACUUGGCCCACGAGUUCUACGAAGAGACAAUCGUGACGAAGAAUGGCAGGAAGAGAGCGAAACUGAAGAAGAUUCAGAAGAAUCUAAUACCUCAGGGAAUGGUGAAGCUGGAUCACCCUCGGAUCCACGUGGAUUUCCCGGUCGUGCUCUGCGAGGUGUGACGGCGAGGCGUUGGAAGGAAAGACCAUGGCUGACGCCCUUACGACUCCGCCCCCCCCUCCUCCCCCAUGCAGUCCCUCCCGAACUUCCAUUCUCACCACGGCACCCCGGGGAGUGCGCGCGUCCUGGGGGCUGGCUGGUGUGCUGGGAGCUCUUUGGCGGCGGCUGCUGUGUCGUGCCUCAUGGAAAAUAUAAACCCCGGUCUGCUUACUGUAAAAAGAAAAAGGGGGAAGGUGUAAGUUUAACACCCUGACCGGCGAGCUCCGUUAGGGAGGAGGUUCAUGUAAAGUGUUGUUGGCUCAGAUCCAUCCCCACCUAACCCACUCUCUUUAAAACAUGCAGGCCUUACUUUCUUUUUUCUGUCAUGGGUUUCUGAAUGAACUUGUGCUCUUUGAUUGAAUCCUUCAAAUGUUAAUGUGAAAGUCAUGUGCAGUCAAACCUGACUCAAGACCCCUCCUGGGGCCGUGUGAGUGGUCCUUAUAUACAAAUGGUCUUUAAUACAGGUUUGACUGUAUUGGCGUCCUAUUUAUUCUGCCCACGGAUUAUCAAAAGGAAGAUGAAUUGGGAAAAAUAAACUUAUUUGCUUGUU